CAUUUGACAUUGACGUUUAAUUUUAUGUCAAUCAUACAUUUGUUUUGACAUUACCAUUUAGCAUUCAAAAUCCAAACAUUAGAUUAGCUAAAUAGCAAAACCUAAAAAUAAGAAAAAAUUAUGGACAAAUCAGAGAUUGUAGUAGAAACUAAAGAGAUUAAUUCGGCAAGUUUUGAAGAUACUGUAAAUUCUAUACUAUGUGGGUUAGGCGCACAAAAAUAUAUCGAGAUAUUCAAAAAACAAGAUAUUGAUCAGUAUGGAUUAUCGGAAUUAUCAGACGAGGAUCUCCAAAAAUUGGGAGUUGUUGAACCUGAAAUAAGGAAACAACUUAUUGACCGUGCCAAGUUGCUUCCUGCAUACGAAGAAUCUCAAGCCGCUAGGAUUGCUACUUUGGGUCCAUUGGAAAUGGUUGAAAUUUUCGAAGAAUGUGCCUUGCUGCUCCAUAGAAUACAUCUUAGCAUGGUAGCCAGUAAUGCAGCACUGAGUAAAACUAAAAAAGUAUCAGACUGUUUGCUAUAUAAAGAUAAAUAUGCAUCUAACGUAGCUCUUGCCACAUUGAAUGAAAUUGGUAACAUAAUAAAUGCUAUGGAAAUUGCAGUAAAUUCAAAAUUCAAGAUAAAAAAGACAAAAAACAUGAAGAAAAAGAAAAUUUUAGUCGGAACCAUUGGGAGUGCUGUGAUUGCCACAUUAGCAGUUCUAUUCACUCGGUCUUUAAAACAACUCUAAAAUGUGAUCCAGAAAUACCCACUUAUAUUAUUACCUUGUUGCCUAUGUGUUACCAUUCAAAAUUUUGAUUAGAUAUUAAAUUAUUAAAAAAAAAAUAUUUUUUUU